AUGGCCUGGGAGGCUGCAGACUUAUUGCCUCCUGUUCUGCUGGUGCUGUUGUUUCCAGAUCAUCCCACGUAUGGCUACUUUACUGUCACCAUGACCAAGAUCAGGAUGGAGAACUCGGGAAUCUACUUGUGUGGAAUCCAAAAUGCUUUUCUAAGAUCCAUCUAUCUGCUGGUAUCUCCAGCUUCAAUUGCAUCUACCACCACCAGGAGCACCAGGAGAACCACAGCCUGGACCUCUGUCACCAAUCCUGUCACUGGCAGCCUUUCAGGUAACUGGAAAUUCAUUGCUGCCUGUGUGGUGGUGGCUGCUCUGCUGCUGGGCCUGGGACUUGGUAUUCUGAUUCUGUGCCUCAAGAAAGCCCAAGGAAGAGCUGGAAAAGGUGAAGAUGAAUCCUACCACGUCUACGAUAACCAUUCAUCCUUGAACGUAGAGACCAUGCAACCCGAUCAGCAGAUGGACCCCGUUGAAGACAUGGGAGCCCUUUGCUAUGCCUCACUCACCCAUCUGAACUGCUUGGACACUGAGGACCCCAUCUAUAUCAACACCUACCCCACUUCAAAGCCCACCCCUGACCUCCUUCUGUCUGUGGAAUAUGCCAGCAUCACUGCAAAGAGACCCCAGCCCUCCAUGUCUGCUGCUCUGGAGGUGGAGCUGGAAGGGGAGCCCAGCAACUGA